GAGAGCUUUCAAGUGUAUUCAACCUUCUCCCCCUCAGCCCUCUCCAAAAGUCCCUCUAUCUCCCACCUCCCCAACACUAAACUCUUAAAACUUACUGAAGAAAAACAAGCACAUUAAUCCAGGCUCAACCUGGCAUAGCAAAAGAAGCAGGCAGCAUUCUCAGGAUUUGUAGACCAUGAAGAGGAUGGAGAGGUACCUGGUCAGGGGACCACUACAGAAGCACUUUGAUUUGGAGAGGAAGAAUGCCAAGCAGGCUGAAGCCAGACUCAGCCAAAGACUGCAGAGACUAGAGGAUAUCUGCCUAUACCAUGUGAAGCUGCUGACCAGGGAGCAGAGAGAGCUCCAGAAAGAACUGCAGAGGUUGCAGCAAGAUAUCAUCAAGAAAAAGUUCUCCUCUUACUUUGAGAAUGGAAGUCAGAAGACACCAGAAGAUGUUCUUAUGUUCUCAUCACAGGGAAGACAGAAGCACAGGGUUCUACAGGCUAAUAAAUUUAGAGCACUGACAACAAAUAUGAUCCAAGAAAUAUACAAAACCAAGUCCCAGAUGCCUCCUUUCCAUCACAUUGGUCCCAAGGACCCCAUGAAAAGCAAAAGGCAGUCGCUAUCUCAAAAUAACAGAACUUCCCACUUUAUAGAAGAGAAGCCGCAAGCCCAAGAGAAAUAUUCUAUAAACCCACUGAAGGGCAAAGACUCCAACAAGGGCAUUUCUAUUCUAUGUCAAGAUCAAGACGUCUCCACUCACACCAUAGACCAAGGCCCCAGUUCCAGCCCAGCUGGUGGUAGCAGAAUGGCACACGGCGAUGAGACCAGAUCAAAUGAUGCCAACAUAAGGCCAGACCACGCCACUGGGAAACAAAUUCCCCUGAAUCCCAUGGAAUGUGGAGGGAACCUCAAAGGCGAGCCCAAAACAUCAACCUACUUAGAGUUGUUUGCAAAGGCCAGAAAUGCUCACUACCUCCGGCACCGGGUCCCCCCUGAGUCUGAGAGAUUGCUUAGCAUUGGGGAGAUCUUUGGGCACAAGGAAUCCUCACAACCCAGAGCAGAAAAGGGGUGUGAAUACAGGGUGACCAUCUAAGUUACUUCCUCUCUAACCAUCUAACAUAUCCUCACAAUAACAUAUGCUAUAAUCACUAAAUAGAAGUGUUUCUCAAGCAACUGUAGUAAGCAAUAUAAAUAUAUAUAUGCAAUACAUAUAUAUGUGUAUAUAUAUAUACUUUUUUCUUAAAACCUAGUUUUUUGUCUUUUUAUGCGAAUAUAAUCUUUCACUGAAAGAGCAAUGUUAGCAUGAAAAAUGAAGGGGGAAAUGAAUCUUCCGAAACCAUUUUAAGCAAUGUACACAUGUUGCUAAUAUCAUCAAAAUUAUGAAUCUACAUUGAUGUCUAGAGUUUUCCUGAAAGGUAAAAUAUUAAGGAUCCUGCUUACAUUUGCCACCCUUUUCUUAUAGGAGAUUCUCAUGGUGCCACCUGCUGGCAAAAUGGCAUGGCUCUUCUGUUUGUUUUAGUUUCACAUAUAAAGGUAAGAAUAGAAACUCAAUUGAAAACAUG